CCAACCCUUCCAUUGAACUCUUUGAUUGUAUUGUCUGUUGUAGCGUGCAAAACCAUGUUCUCCAGCUGAAACCAUGACCAGCUCGUCUUCGCCAUAAUGAACACAUUCACGUCUGCGGUUUGUAACGCAGCUCGCUUGGCUCGAGCCUCGUUGAACAUCCGCCACUCUCAGGGUCCCAUUCACCGAUCGUCAAGAUGGAUAUCCCGGCCACAGGCACGAAAUCUGCACCAAAGACGCCGAGCGACGACUUCAUCCGUCCAUGCAUUCGACAAGAAAUUUGAUGUGAUUGAUCACCAAUAUGACGCUGUUAUUAUUGGAGCUGGAGGCGCCGGUCUACGUGCCGCAGUGGGCCUGGCAGAAUCUGGCCUAAAUACUGCGGUUGUAACGAAACUGUUUCCCACGCGGUCUCAUACUGUCGCAGCCCAAGGCGGCAUCAAUGCUGCCUUGGGGAACAUGCACGCAGAUGAUUGGAGAUGGCACAUGUAUGACACCGUCAAAGGGUCCGACUGGCUUGGCGAUCAGGAUGCCAUUCACUACAUGUGCAGGGAAGCCCCAAGAGCCGUUCGAGAGCUAGAAGAGUACGGAAUGCCAUUCAGUAGGACUCAAGAUGGCACAAUCUAUCAGCGCCCACUGGGUGGGCAAUCACUGGAAUAUGGGAAUGGUGGUCAGGCACAUCGAACAGCCUGUGUGGCUGAUCGGACAGGCCACUCCAUGCUUCAUACAUUGUAUGGCCAGGCGCUCAAGCACGACUGUCAAUUCCACAUUGAGUGGUUCGCGCUUGAUCUGAUAAUGGACGGGAAGGAUUGUAUAGGCCUAACAGCUUUGGAUAUGGAGACAGGCACGUUGCACAGGGUUUUUGCAAGGAAUACAAUUUUAGCAACUGGAGGCUACGGCCGGGCCUACUUCAGUGCAACGAGUGCCCAUACUUCCACUGGAGACGGUCUGGCGAUGGCGAGUAGGGCUGGACUUCCCCUGCAAGAUAUGGAGUUUGUACAAUUCCAUCCUAGCGGCAUAUAUGGCGCAGGUGUCCUCAUCUCAGAGGGUGCCAGAGGAGAGGGAGGAUACUUACUGAAUGGUCAAGGCGAGCGUUUCAUGGAACGUUACGCACCUACCGCGAGGGAUCUUGCGUCAAGAGAUGUCGUCAGUCGAAGUAUGAACAUGGAAAUUCGUGAAGGUCGAGGCUGUGGUCCAGACAAAGACCACAUCUACCUUCAACUAUCCCACCUGCCAAAGGAGAUUCUCCUGGAGAGACUGCCAGGCAUCGCCGAAACUGCUAGCAUCUUCUCAGGAGUGGACAUCACUAAGGAGCCCAUCCCAGUUAUACCGACAGUCCAUUAUUGCAUGGGUGGUAUACCCACGAAUUGGAAGGGCCAGGUCCUGGACGUCAAUCCCGAAAACGGAAAAGAGACUAUCGUCAACGGCCUGUAUGCCGCUGGCGAGGUCGCGUGCGUUUCAGUACAUGGGGCAAAUCGUUUGGGUGCCAAUUCAUUGCUCGAUAUCGUCGUAUUUGGCCGUGCAGCUGCCGGCCACAUUGCAGAGAAUAAUGAGAAAGGGAUGCCCGUCUUCAGGAAUGGCGGCAACAUCAACCCGGAAACUGGAAUCGAGGGAUUCGUCGACCUCGAGCGCUUGAGAACUGCCGAUGGAAGCAAACUGACUGCCGAAUUGCGCUCGGAUAUGCAAAAAGCCAUGCAGACGGAUGUUGCAGUGUUCAGAAAUGAGGAGAGCCUGUCAACUGGAUUGCAGAGACUGCAGCAGGUCGAGCAAGUAUUCAACACGGAUGUCUGCGUCAAAGACAAGUCUUUGAUAUGGAACUCGGAUCUUGUGGAAACACUGGAAAUGAGAAACCUCUUGACAUGCGCAACACAGACAGCCAAGAGUGCGCUGGAACGAAAAGAGUCGCGUGGUUCUCAUGCAAGAGAAGACUUUCCGGAUCGUCUGGAUGACGAAUUUAUGAAGCACAGUUUAAGCUGGCAGCAGGACGUUGGCCAGGAGGUUUCGAUAGGCUAUCGCGAUGUGGUGUUCACGACUUUGGAUCAGAACGAGUGUAAGACUGUGCCGGCCAAGAAAAGAACAUAUUAGACUCCGGAUGGAAGAUCUUCAAUCGUGGCUGAUGGGGUCCUGACUAUCGCGAUGAGGAGUGGACAAGCUCAGAGCUCUGACGUCCAAGACUAGAAAUAUAGAGGCUCUUGAUCCUGCCA